GUGCUUUCAAAAGCUCAUUUUCGCUGAAGAGUGGCGCUCCAAAGCGCAGCGGCGGGACAGCAUUGCACACCAUGGCCCCCAGGAACGCUCCAGCAGGUGUCGACCUCGGCCUCUGUAUUGCCGCUUACGUUGUUGGCCGGGUCGUUGGCCGGAAUGUGCCGCUGCCUUCCACGCGCAAUGAGCUCAAGUCUGUGUUCCUCGACCUCAGGGCCCAUCCCACAUGGCAGAGCCUGGGGGUGUACCUCUCUCCUUUCGACGCCAUACAAGAGCUUGUGAGGGCAGGCUUCGUCGUUGCAAGACGUGGCCCGAGGGUCAAAUGGCAGGACAAUGUCAUUAGGGUAAGGUCUGCCGAGCUUCUGAGCAGCACAUUUGCUUCAGUGGGGAACUCUUCAGAACCGGAAGCAGAAGGAGAGGUGGGGCUGAGAAGGGAGCUCCGGGCGCUAGGAUAUGAAGCGUUGACAGGUCAUGCAAAUGUUAGUAUCACAUGGCCCUUUCCUGCUGACAAGGCUUGCAGCCGGCCACACUCCAUCGACACUGAUACGACAGCCGUCGACUAUCUUGAUGUGACAAAUGUCAGUAAAAAGCCUUUGGUGAUUUUGAGCGUCUUCACACCCAUAAUGCGCCCCCAGGGUGCUUUCUCCAUAGACAUUGGAGGAGAAUUCCCCAUGACCAUCAGCCCAGGGCAGCGGGUUAGGGUCACCGUGACGCUCGCCCCCCAGGCGUUGGGGCUCCAUCAGACAGCGGUUAUGUUUGUCUUUGCGGGUUUCAAGGUUGUCCGCUCCAUACUAGUUCUGGUGGAGGACGAGGUGGCAAGAGCCAGCGCUCCCGCACGGCCCUACGUGAAGCCUACAAGGAAACCGUUGGUGGAGGCGGCAGCAGAAAUUGUGCCUGGAGAGGCCCCACCUAUGCCAAGGACUAAGUACCAGAACAGGCUUCCAGAGUAUAGGAUACCGGCCGGGGUUAGGAAUGCGGUUAGCAGGGGGGAGGAGCCGCCGGUGCUUGAAGAAGAACUGAGUGCGGAGAACUACAGGAACAGGAUGGGGGCGCUGCUCCAUGUGGAGGAACUGCAGAUGGGGGUGGAUAUCCAGACGUUCAACAUGGAGGGAGCUGAACUGCAGCGGUCGGGGGCUGGCUUUCUGGCGCUCAAGGUCCCAGGACUGGCGGAAAAGCGCCCCUCCGUGCUGUAUGGAGAUCGCGUGUUUGUGCACCUUCCAGGACAGCCUAAGAAGGAGUUUGAGGGUUGUGUUCAUGCGGUGCGGCUGGAAGAGAUCGUCCUCAAAUUCCACUUCUCCUUCCACGCCGCCUUCGUCCCCGGUCAACGGGUUAACGUCCGCUUCACCUUUAACCGGGUGACGAUCCGCCGGGAGCACGAGGCCAUCCAAGAGUCUGCCAAGCUGCCCCCGGGGCUCCUUUUCCCGGCCACUUCGGACUGGGUUAACGCAAUCCCGUACAGACCAACCCACUUCCAGCCGAUUAACAAAGAGCUGAACGAGCAACAACUGGGCGCCGUAAGUGAGGUGCUGAACCGCGCUGGCGGGGGGUCAGCGAACGGCUGCCCGUACCUGGUGUUCGGCCCCCCCGGGACGGGGAAGACAAACACGUGCAUCGAGGCCAUGCUCCAGGUGCUCCGUGCGGACCCCGCGUCGCGCAUCCUGGCGUGCGCCCCCUCCAACUUCGCGGCUGACGUCAUCCUGGAGCGGCUGCGGGGCCACGUGCAGAAGCGCGAGCUGUACCGGCUCAACGCACCCGCGCGGAGUGCAACCGAGCUGGAGGCCAGCUUACUGGAGUACUGCAGCUUCGACCCCGCGCUCGGCCAUUUCACCAUCCCCGACGCGGCCGCCCUGGCGCGCCCACGUGUCAUCAUCUCCACCUGCUGCUCCGCCUCGCUUCUGCACGCCCAGGGCCUGCCACGUGGCCACUUCAGCCACGUGUUCGUUGACGAAGCUGGCCACGCCCGCGAGACCGAGGCCCUCAUUCCAAUCGCACUUUUUGCGGAUAAGACGAGCAUCGUCGUUCUUGCGGGCGAUCAUAAGCAGCUGGGGCCCAUCGUACGGUCCAAAAUGGCCGCCGGGCGGGGCCUGGAGACGAGCUACCUGGAGCGGCUCGCGAUGCAGGCGCCUUAUCUGCCCUGGGGGCCCGCUUCCGAGUACCACCCCCGGUUCAUCACGCGCCUGGUGCGCAACUACCGGUCGCACCCCGCCAUCCUCGCGCUGCCGUCGCGCAUGUUCUACCGGGACGAACUGGUCCCCUGCGCCGACGAGGCCCUGCGGUCAUCGCUAACCAACUGGGCGAGUUUGCCUAACCGGGACGAGUUCCCGAUAUUGUUCCACGGCGUCGAGGGGCGGGACGAGCGGGAGGGGAACAGCCCCUCGUGGUUUAACCCGACCGAGGUCAGCCAGGUCGUCAAGUACGUGACUCAGCUCAUCGAGAACCGCGGCGCGCGGGUGCUGGCGCGCGACAUCGGCGUUAUUUCGCCGUACCGGAAGCAGGUACAAAAGAUCGAUAAGCAGCUGACAGUCAAACACCCGGGGGUCAAAGUGGGCAGCGUCGAGCAGUUCCAGGGCCGGGAGAAGCGGGUGAUCAUCAUAUCGACGGUCCGGAGCAGCGCGGAGCACAUCGAAAGCGACCUGAAGCACAACCUGGGUUUCCUGCGGAACCCCAAGCGCUUCAACGUGGCAGUCACGCGCGCCCAGGCACUGCUUAUCAUCAUCGGGAACCCGCACGUGCUUGCGCAGGAUCGCUGCUGGGGCGCUAUGUACGAGUACUGCCGGAACAACGGGGCAUAUGUGGGCUGCGAAGGGCCCCAGCCGCCUCCCAGCGGGGGACCCCCGCCGCCUCUCCGCACGGGGGCCCAGCCGCCUCCUAGCGCGGCGAGCCAGGAAGAGGCGCUGAUAGCGGACUGGACGCACCUGAAUCUGUUGGACGGAAUGUCGGACGACGGAGUAGAGGUCGAGAGACCGGAAUGGCCUGAGGCCAAGUAAGAGCUAUUACAAAAUGGGGGUUCGCGGAAACGAUGCUCGAGGGCGGAGCUUGAGGUACUAUAUGUAGAGCCACGUGUGGCUGAGGCUGAAUGACGAGUAGUUGAGGCACCGCUUGAGCGAUGGGUUCACGUGACCGGAGAAGAAGGUAGAAUGUCAGAGCUGCUAAGUUCUGUCCGGUCUGGUUUGCAAAAGGCGGAUCUCGCGGGGUCUCCCUUGGGUAGUCAAUGUGGGACGGUUGUAGGAUAGAUAUUAGGGUGAGAUGUCUGAAAAAAUGGCGACUAGUUUGCCAGUCACGGAAUUGCGGCAACGUGCCAUGUAGAGUAUGGUUCUCAACUUAGACUUCUUAUGUGUACAGAUAAGGUGUGCGGACAGCUGUACUGAGGCGGCCGGCGUGGUAAAAUAGAUUCUAGAAUAUUUAAUAACAUAUGAGGACGGGGAGCUAAGCUACAUUGCAUACAACCAUGAAGUGAAGACAAGUUACACGUGGGGCUUUCGGCAGAGCUAGAUAUGAUGCAUCAGUGAGUCUACCGUGACCGGGGGGGGCCCGCUGGCAGCCAAACAAAUCUCAUGGGCCGACGGUGCGAUGGAGACGGACGGUCAUGUACAUAUGAUCGAGCUUUCAUGACGUGGACAAGCUCGCCGGCGCCUGUCGAGUAU